AUUGGCUCGAUGGAUGGAGCAAGCGACUAUAUGCCUGUCAAUAUUCUGUUUGCAACGGCGGACGUUGGACAACAACAUCUCACGGAUUUCGGCUUUUGCGCGCGAACUAUAUCAUGCAUUGUUUCGGAGACAUCAGCGAUUUGGUACAAUUUUUCCUUGGAUCUAUGGGCUGCUUCUCAUCUUUGGUUUGGACUUGUUCUCUUCUUGCACAAUCAUUCACCCUUUUUUUGGUUUCGGACUUCCCUUCUAUACUCAAUUUGGCUUAUCCACAUUACGACAUCGGCUUUUAUCUUUAGACGGAAUGAAAUGAGAAUGCAAGGUGAAGCUGGGGUUCGGUUAGAUUUUAGU